AUGGGAGAACCUUUAAUCGAAAUAGAUCUAAAUACAGAGGUAUCACUUUUUCAUAUAAGUAAUGAGAGUGAAAGACAAGAGCACGAAUCAAUGAGUCUGCCAGAUUUAAAUUUGGUUGCUUUAGAAUUUGUAGAUGAUGUAAAUAUCAAUCUACAUUCUCCAAUUUUAGACCUAAAUGUUACUCCAUCUGUUGAAAAUGAUAUACCAUUGGAUAUGGGACUACAAUCAUCCUUGGAAGAUGAGUUCACUACAGAUGAAAACAUAAAUACUGGGAAUGCUAAUGGAGCAUCGUUACAGUCACGAAACGUAAAACAGUUACACAAUAAUGAGCGUCGGGACGUAUAUAAUUUGCUACAACAGAAAAGUUUUAACGGAAAAUUGCCGAAAGUGGCGACAAAAAUGGUGGCAACACAAUUCGAUGUUUCGAUACAAGCUAUUCAACACAUUUGGUGGCAAUCAAAUAAUGGUACGUGUGAUGAUGUAUCUCAUAGAAGGACAAAAAAUUGUGGUCGCAAGAGAAUACAAAUAAGCGAUGAUCAAAUCCGAGCGGUCCCUUUACAUAAACGCACAACAUUGCAGUCUUUUGCUCACUCCUUAAACACGUCGAAGAGCACAUUGUUAAGCGCUAGCAUUCAACAUGAUCCAAUUUUCAACGGGAUGUAUAACAUUGUUCAUAUCGACGAGAAGUGGUUCAACAUGACAAAGAAAUCAGAGCAUUACUACUUAUUACCCGACGAAGAAGAUCCGUUGCGCACUUGUAAAAGUAAGAAUUUCAUUGCAAAUGUCAUGUUUUUAGUUGCUAUUGCUCGACCAAGGACGUUUGAUGAACAAGGAAAUGAGCUUUUCUCUGGAAAAAUUGGUGUAUUCCCACUUGUUACGCAAGAGGCUGCUAAAAGAACUAGUAUAAAUAGAGUUGCCGGUACACUCGAGACAAAGCCAAUAUCUUCAGUGAAUAAAAACGUUAUAAGGUCAUACUUUAUUGAAAAGGUCAUACCUGCAAUCAAGCAAAAAUGGCCAAGAGGUGAUUCAAGAUGUCCAAUAUUUAUUCAACAAGACAAUGCAAGAACACAUAUUGAUCAUAAUGAUGAGGAGUUUCGUCUAGCUGCAACACGAGAUGGUUUUGAUAUUCGUUUGAUGCGUCAACCUCCAAACUCUCCAGAUUUGAAUGUUCUAGACCUUGGAUUUUUUAGAGCUAUUCAAUCAACACAAUACAAGGAGUCGCCUAAAACGGUCGAUCGGCUUGUCAAUGCAGUUGUGCACGCAUUUGAAACUUUUCCGGCAAUCAAGUCCAAUCGUAUAUUUAUUACAUUGCAAUUGUGCAGGAUAGAGAUUAUGCGAGUAAGAGGUUCUCAAAAGUACAAGACGCCGCAUAUUAAAAAAGCAAUGUUAGAAAGAGAGGGGCGGCUUCCUACUCGAAUGAAAUGCGAUCUUGCGUUAGUUCAAGAUGUUCUUAGGUAUAUAGGUUAA